GUGUGACGUCAUAUUUCGCGCGCUCUGCUGAACAGAACCAACGACCAACGUCGUCUCACAGGAAUUUAUUUUUAACUCCAUCAUCUUGAAGACAGCAGAGCUGAAGUGGCAGUAAACCUGUAAAUGCUCUUUGUCGGUGUUAGAAAUGGCAACUAGUCAGGACAAACAGCUAGAGAAAGUUAUCGAUGAGGCUUUGAAGAGCAGCGAUUUGCAAGCCUUGGAUUUAUUUCUGCAAAGAGAUGUGUAUGAAGAAGCACACUUAAAAUGUUCCCAGCAGAUUCUCAACAAAUUGGAUAAACUUAUCAGCAGGGGUUUAGACCAAAAAGAUGCCAGAUCAGCCAACCUGGGUCUCACUGUCCUGUACAAGUGUGGGAGAAAUCUGACACUACCUGGAGGUCAACGGUUAUUAGAAACAGUACCUCAAAGUCUGAUUAAUAAAAUGGUGCAGUGGUUUGAGAAAUGCAGACAGCUCUGGAUACAGUGCGGCCCACAGAGGAACGAGUCUUUGUUAAACCUCUCAGAGGACUUCUUUGAUGCCUUAAUGGUGGUUCAUGAAGCAUCUAGAGAGGGAAGCUAUAAAGUCACAGAAUCAUUUCUGUACCCUAUUGGUGAGUUGGCAGUAGACCGAAGAAUCUACAUCCUGAUUCAAAAGGAGGCUGUUAGAAAAUUUAACAUGAUUCUGGGCAAAAUCACUAUGGAUCUUAAAAAGGAAAAGAUUCUAAAAUCUCAGGAGGCCUCAAAUACCAUGAUCAAGCUGGCUGGGUACAUAUUGGAUGGUGGUGAUUAUGACUUGCAGACGGCUCUAAUGGAGGCCUUAUGCAGGAUGGCUACUGCUGAGCAGAGGAAGGAGCUGGCAGAUUGUUGGUUCAGCAUGGGACACGUGGCCAAAGCCUUUGUUAAGAUUAGUGAUUCUCAAUUUGAGACGGAUUGCCGCAAAUUUCUGAAUAUGGUGAACGGGAUGCAGGGAGACAGGAGAAGAGUGUAUUCUUAUCCUUGUUUGGAGGUUUUUCUGGAUAAACAUGAGCUGAUGAUGCCCUCAGAUGAGAAGCUGGAAGAAUUCUGGAUUGAUUUCAACGUCGGCAGCCACAGCAUCUCUUUUUACUUCUCUUUGGCUGACGAAGAGACACAGGAAAGUCAGUGGGAAACAAUGUCUAUCCAUGAAAACGAAGUCCAACGCUACACUGUUAAAGAAGAGGAUGCCAAGAGACAAGUACUGCAGAUAAAGCUGUCAGACGUGGUGGCUGCAGGUGUGGUGGAAGGGUCGGAGCUAAAAAUCUUCUUCAGCUCUUCCCUGGACAUUCUACAGGCUGCUCGUAGUGUCUACGGACACAGCAAAAACACAAACUUUGUAGGAAAAACAAACACAUCUGUAGUGAAGACUACAGUCAGAGUCAUAAUGGAAGAAAACGCUUCACAGGUUGUUCCAGAGAGUCAGGUGUCUGUAUCAGAAAGUGAGAAGAGCACUGCUCCCUACCUUUUCUCUAAGCAGUCUGCACCUAUACAGGUGGUUACUCCAGCAAUGACAAAGACUUCAGAGCCCAAUACCUUCAUCAACAGUGGUGCAGAAAAACAUGCACAUGCUGCCAGUUCACAGUCUACUGCUAAGCAAAAGAAGAGUAAAGGAAAGUCUUCUCUGGAGAGUGUCCAUUCAUGUGACAAGAAGGGCACCGUUUCCUCAGGAGAGCUUAAGACAGCUGUUAAGAGCUCCAGUCAUGGAACCUUCCACAGCACGAGGGCCGGUGACCCUGAAGAUAAGAACAUACCAACAGUGGAAUCGGACAAUGUUGAUAUAACUGACCAGGAUGCUGUUGACCACAAUUUUGUGCCUGAUACUCAGCCUAUAACUGAGAAAAGCAUAACUCCUCAUUGGAGCAAACGAUCCAUUUCUGAGAUGAUAAUGAUGCCCACACAGAAAAUGAGUUCAGUGCAAAAACCUGAGCCCAACACAAGUUUAGCACGAGGCCAAAAACGGUCUGCUCCGGGGUCAGGUCCAGUCAGUCACGCUGAACUCACUCGGCGUUUGCAGGUGGUCGUCGAUGAGAGGAACCAAUCUGCUGCUACACCAGAGCCACCACAAUCCCUGAGAAAGAAUUCUGAGAUGGGAAAGGACACAAAAUCCAGAAGCCCUGUGGACCAGUGUGCUUCCACUUUGCGUGCUCCAAAAGAGCCACGGACCCAAAGGGCUGGUCUGGUUACAGAGAAAUGCAAAGGUCAGAUGUCACGGGGGGCAGAUCCUGUUCCAGUCAGAAAUACACUACAGGAGAGAAUAACACCCAGCCUUAAAGAUAAAACUAUCAAGGGUAUCACCAGAAAAGAGAAGAGAGAUGCAGAGGUUGCAGGCAGCAUGGUGAAGCUCAUCUCUAGCCACUACAACAUUAAAACAAAAUCCGCAGCUAAAGUCACAGGGGACAGUGUCCCGCAUUGCUGGAUUCCUCCACUUGUUAACAGGUCAAGCUUUGAUAUGAGCUGGUUAGCAACAACUAAAAAAGAACAGCCUGGAUCUGUCAGCUUUCUGAAACUCCAAAACAAAUCCUCUGGUAACUCAGAGAAGCAGAGAGAAGACAUUUUUGCAUUCACUGUUGAGUCACUGUCAGACAUUGGAGCAAAUACUACCCAUGGAAAGAACAGAAGCUCCAUAAAUGUGUCUGCCAUAUCCUGCAGUGAUGUCCAUGAUUCUUCAACACGCAAGUGCACAACCAAGAAAGGACCACCUGUGGCAAAAGCGAAGCGAUACGUGAAGAAGCAUCUGUUCAGUGACACGGACACAGACUGUGGCAUGACGGAGGUCAGCUGGCUGAGGGAAUCCAGCAGGAAGCCCAAACCCAAAGUUACCAAAUACUCCAAUCCAGUGGCUGUCAAAAAAACAGCGUCACCUAAUACAGCGUGUGAAUCCCCGGACUGGCCCCCUCUGUCUCCCAAACCUGUGAAGGGGAAUGGCAGGAAACAAAAUAAGAAGAAGCUGUGCACGGGGGAGAUGCAGGCGAAAGCAGAGGAGAAGCCACCGACAGCAUCCAAGAGACGGGCAGCAGCAGGCAAGAGGCCUCCGAGAGCUGCAGCCACAACCACAAAGAGCUACAGAGAGCCAAACACUGAUGACAGCCAGUCAGAACCAGAGCAGCCUCCUGCUCCCAAGCAACGGAAAUCUGACAAAUUCUGUCAUGAGGCUGCUCACAUGAAGAAGAAAAAAGCCCAACUGAGCAAAAACACAAAGACCAACGAUAAGCUAGAGAGCGACCAGUUAGCAUCAGCUCAGCCUGUUUCCAAGAAACAGGAAUGUGUGUUUCCGCAAUGGAAGGGUGAGACGACCUGUUCAAAUGCUUCAAAGGAAAAGAAGAAGAAAAAAACCCAUUUGGAUUUGGAACACCAGCCACUUCUCAAGCAGAAGCCUCGAUAUGUUCAACGUGGAACUACAAUGUUAAACAAGAAAAAUGUUGCUGCUCAGCACCGGACACAAGCAUCCUCUCCAUCCCCACUGUCCAUCGAAAAAAUGAGAGCUGCUGGGCGGUCAACCCUAAUCUUGGAUUUGACCUGUUCGCCUCCACUCACCCCGCGGCGAUCCCCUCCCCUUGCUUCCUUCAAACCUCCCUGCCAGGACACCCCUUCGCCCAUCCUGCUGCAGCCUAAAUCUCACUCCACAGUCAGCAGCAAAGGAAACAGCAAGCCCUCCUCUUUCUGCAGUGCAAACAUGAAGCACAGCACAUCCAAGAUGCACUACAUGCAGUCUUUGUCUUCACUGACUUCCAAGGGUCAAAAAUCUCCACCCUGUCCUCCCACUGCCCCUGGUGCCCUGGAGAUUAGCCCAGUUCAACGGUGUCCACCCUCACCGCCACAGCCCUCUUUAUCCUUGUCCUCUCAUGCCCCAUUAACUUCCACGCUUCUGGAUUUGGACAAACCAUCUCUGCCUUCUCCUCCCCAGUCACCAUUCCCUAAUGUCAACUAUGACCUUCGUUACGGUUCCAGUAAAGCAUCUCCAGUGUCCUGGGCUUCAGUGAGCCGGUCUUCCACUAAGUCCACUGGGCGCAUAAAGAAGAGAAAGGCUGAGUCCACUCUUUCUCCAGUCAUGCCUCAUACAAUAGAGACAACACCACCUUCACGUUGGGACCCAAAGCCUGCCCAGCAUCACACAUCAGGACCCAACCAUAAGCACCACAUCACAUACUCUUUCUCCAGCGAUUCUGAGGAAAAUGAGAAGGAGGAGGUGAAGAUAAGCAAGAUGAGAUCACAGCAUUCUCCUCGCAUGAAACCGAGGAAGCUCUUCAGAUCCUUGAUUGAGCAUGCCGAAGCUGAGGUGAGUCAUGUGAUGUCUUCAUCACACACGCUGAACUCCACUCACUGGGACAUUGAAGCGGUGGACGAGGAUUUGGAGGUGAUGGAGGCCACUGUGAACCCGAGCAGCAUGUGCCAACGCUUUAGCUCUGAGCUGAAGAAGAAGUUUGAGGGCCGAUCUAAGCUGAUGGAGGUUUACAACAAACAGUCUCUGAACACUGUUCAGCUGCACGUCUCGUCUCUCGGCGAGCAAAUCAACAAGUACAGGACGCAGAGGCUCGAACAGGUUUGCAGGACGCUCCUGGAAGAGAUCCAGAAACUGGAACAGGAUGAGGCCUUGCUGAAGAACAUGGAAAAAGAUCACGCUGUCUACUGGAAAAAACAGUCCACUGCUUUCCGUUCCUACCUCCAGCAGUACAACAGCAGUUUUGAGGCCUUGAGGAAAGCCCUCCAAAGUAAUGUGUGCCACAGCACGGAAUACGAGGAGAGAACAUUCGCAGCCCAGAUGUGCCUGAUCAGAAAAGACAUGAGGUCGCUCCAGGACAAACUCCUCAGUGAGAUGCAAGAAGGAGAGAUCCAGAGCAUGAGGAGGGGUCUGCAUGCCUUGUUCUUCCCGGGAGGAGCCAGGUUUUGAGUUCACCACAGUAUGAACACUGUUUCAUUGAAGCGUUGAUGUUUUCUUUAAGUUUUUGGGUGUUUAAUUUAUUGUAAACUGGGAUGUUAUGGCUGUUUGUUUGCUUUAAUAAGCAAUGUUAAAGGAAUAUUUAUCAACUGAUUUACAAACAUGCUGAUUGCAUUUUAUCGCUCUUCAGACGUAAGACGAUUUAUACACGUUAUGUCAUCUUGACUAAUUUAUUAAUAUUCCCUGAUUUAUUCCUGAAAACGACAACAUAUUAAAAUGUUAAACAGAAGAAAUGUUUUUAAAUGCC